CCUCACUUCAAUACAACAUUGCAAUCAUUCCAACACUAUCAAUUCACUCCAUCGUCAUCAGGAUAAAACACGAGGUUCAGCAUGACGCAAAUCGGAAUCUUCCCCGCUUCUGGAGCCCUCGGCACCAGCACAUACACUCAUCUUCUCUCUCAAGUCCCGAACAACAAAGUCACGCUCAUCAACCGAUACCCCGAGAAAGUGCCCAAGAAAUACGUGGAGAAUGGAACUGCCGUUCGUCAGGCUUCUUACGAGUCUAGCGCCGAAGAGCUGGAGGCUGCCUUUGUAGGGAUCGAUGUCCUAUUCUUGAUCUCGUAUCCUAGCCAUGUUCACGAAUAUAGAACUAAGGUACACACUAAAGCACUUGAUGCAGCGGUCAAAGCUGGAGUAAAGCAUAUUUUCUACUCAUCACUUGGGUUUGCGUCGAUUAAUGAGAGCACUACCAAGGCUGAGGUCAUGGGUGCUCAUCUCGACAGUGAGGCGUAUCUGCGAAAGCUCGCGAGCGCCAACAACGAAAUCACGUGGACGAGUAUUCGCGAGGGUCUAUACAGCGAGUCAUUCCCUAUUUACACAUCAUUCCUCGACCUGAAGAGCCCUCCGUCCAACAUUCUCAUCCCCCAUGAUGGAAGUGGACCUGGCGUUAGCUGGGUCAAGAGAGAUGAACUCGGCGAAGCGACUGCACGUCUCAUCGCUUCGUACGCGAAAUCACCUUCAUCAUUCAAAUACACCAACCAGAUCGUCACUUUGACCGGUCCCAAAUCCUGGAAAUUGGCAGAGACGGUUGAAAUCCUAUCGCGCGCUGCAGGAAAAGACUUUAAGAUCCAAGAAAUCAGCGUAGACGAGUAUAUCAACCUCCCUCAAAUCAAAGAAUACUUCGGAACAGAGGAGAAAGCGAGGACGUGGGCUACAGCAUGGGACGCCAUCCGCGCUGGAGAAACAGCCGGUGUAACAAACACGAUGAAAGAGCUUUUAGGAAGAGAACCUGAAGAUUUUGAAAAGACUAUUGAGGAAUUGGCCAAGAAUCAGCGGUCAGGUUAGAAUUUCGGUGUUUGUUGAGGCUGAACGGUGAGCAAAUACGAAAGCUGAACUCUUAUGCAACGAUAGAUACAAUGCAUGAUGGUUCUAUUUUUAGCUGUGGAUAGUCUCUGUGUGACGUGGUCAACAAAUAGAUCAGCGCCUCAUUUGGAUUAGAGUUUAGCAAUGAAAUGAAUUCAUGCGACGCUGUUAUACCACCCACGAAAUGCGUUCUAGAAAAGUGUCAAAAAUUGAACAAAUAUCUCA